CUCUUGGAGGGCCAUGGCUGGGCCAUGGCUGCUGCUUCUCCUGUCCUUUGGGUGUCCAGCCCUGCCCACAGGUCUGGGCAGCAUGCCCUUCCCUUCUCUGGCCCCACCAAUCACGCUGCUGGUGGAUGGGAAGCCACAGACCCUGGUGAUCUGCCUGGUCUUCGAUGUGGCACCCCAUGGCUUUGACAGCCCCAUCUGGUUUUCGGCUGGCAAUGGCAGUGCCCUGGAUGCCUUCACCUACGGCCCUUCCUCAGCCAUGGACGGCACCUGGACUCGCUUGGCCCAGCUCUCCCUGCCCUCUGAGGAGCUUACUGCCUGGGAGCCCUUGGUCUGCCACACUGGGCCUAGGGCUGGGGGCCACAGCCAGAGCACACAGCCCCUGCAACUGUCAGGAGAGGUUUCCAGAGCCAGGGCCUGCUUCCAGGAGCCUCUCAGGGGGACGCAGGGCCAGGCCCUGUGGCUGGGGGCGCUGCGGCUGCUGCUCUUCAAGCUGCUGCUGUUCGACGUGCUGCUGACCUGCAGCCGCCUGCGCGCCGGGACAGCCACGAGGGCGCACCCCCAUGGCCCGGCGGCCCUCCGUGCGCUGGCCCUGGGCCCCCACCGACUGCGUUCACCCAGCCCUCCGCUGCCAGCGCCACGGCCCCUGGCCAGCCAGUGGGUUCGCACCUGCGGUCAGGGUCAGCGGCCCAGGAACUCAGUCCGGGAGGAGGCGAGGGGACGAGCUUGGGCCCCUAGCGCAUGUUCCGCCCUCACUACUUCCUCAAAUCUCGAAGCAUUUUUGGUACAUGACCUGCCACCUCCUGCAGACCGCACCUUCCUGGAGGCUGGGCGCCACCCCUCUCAGGGUUUUCUGAUAAAAAUGGCUGCGUCUCUUCCAUCAGGCUGGGAGCCUCUCCAGGGUAGUGAUCUACCCAGGUACUGGGAUAUUUGAAUUAAAGAACUUGAAUGACA